AUGAGAACUGCUGCUAAUCGGUACAUCGAUGAUGAAGUCAUCGCGGCGAAGUUCCGUGAAUCCCUCCGAGAUGAUCUACGUAAGAAGAUCGAGGUAUACCUCGGUCCGAGAUAUGUUGACUUGGAGGAAACGAGAGAAGCCGCUGAGUGCUUUGAGAGCAAGAUCCAAGGCCGUAGUGCAGCUGGUAGUACCUUCAAAACCGAUGUCCCCAAGAAAACCCUAUGCAGAGCCUUUGCGGCUGGUAAAAGCUGUCGAUUUAGCAGUAAAUGCCGUUUCAACAAUGAUCGCAAUGUGGCAUCGACUCUUAGUCGUGGUAGCAAUCCUGAGUCUAGCACUCUACCAACCGCUGCUGCCAAUACUCCCUCAAAAUCAAAAAGAGUGGAUGCUACUCCCAACGCUCCAAAAGUAUGA